AUGCUCCUGAUGGAGGGGGUGAACGACGGUGUUGUUGUUGUUGUUGUGGCUAUACGCACUGUUUUAGGAUGGCUCACCUUUCUGUGUCGCGGCGCUCAAAUGUCACCUAAUUUCUGGAACCGCACAUCGCGAGCGUUUCUGAGCGUGCUUUUCACUAACUUUCUCCCAGCAUUUGUCGGUAGGUGA